AAACGAAACUCCAUAUCCACACCACUUGUCUGUUUUGAUUGAUUAAUUAAUCAAUCAUAUGGCUCCCAUUACAGGCACAGCCACCGCGCCGGAAAAUAAAUCCGCCUCCUCCACCACCAGUCACGGCGGCGGCUGGAGCACAGCUCCAUUCAUCUUAGCAAGUGUGGUGGGGAUGACAGUGGCCAGUGGAGGAUGGCUAAACAACCUGAUAGUUUUCUUGAUCCAAGAAUUCAACAUAAAGAACAUCGAUGCUGCUCAGAUCUCCAACUUCGUCAAUGCCUGCACCAGCUUCUUCCCCGUCGCCGCCGCCAUUAUUGCCGACGCAUUUCUUGGCUGCUUCUCUGUCAUUUGGAUUUCCUGCUUCGUCUCCUUCUUAGGGCUAAUCCUCUUGGUGCUAACGGUAACUAUAUCCGGCUUAAGACCGCCGGAUUGCAAAUCAGAGUCGAGUUCUUGCGCCUGCCCAUCAGGACUUCAGUACGCCGUGCUUUACACAGCAUUGGCUCUAGUUUCCAUUGGGGCAGGCGCAACACGGUUCACCCUAGGGACUAUGGGUGCGAACCAGUUCGCCAGACCCGACCACCAGUCGACUUACUUCAAUUGGUAUUUCAUCGCCUUAUACGGCGCAUUAUUUGCAUCUGCCACGGCCAUUGUGUAUGUCGAAGAUAAUGUCAGCUGGUUCGCCGGCUACGCCAUUUGUGCUUCUGCUAAUGUCAUUGGAUUGGUGUCAUUUUUGGCCGGGAAAAGAUAUUACCGGCAUGAUCGGCCACAUGGCAGCCCGUUUGCCAGCCUCGCCCGCGUGGUUGUGGCGACUUUCCGGAAAAGGAAAUUGAAUAGUUCUUCUAGUACUGUGGAUUAUUAUUAUGGCGAGAAAGGUGUGGAGAAAGCCGCGAUAAGUAGCUUAAGGUUACUGAACCGUGCUGCCAUCAUAACCGAAGGGGACAUUGCCAUGGAUGGCUCCAUAGCCAAGCCCUGGAAAUUAUGCACAAUGCAGCAAGUGGAAGACCUCAAAACCCUAAUCAGAAUCCUGCCCUUAUGGUCAUCCAGCAUCUUCCUUUCGACUCCCAUCGGCAUCCAGGUCAGCCUGACUGUUCUCCAAGCUUUAGCCACCGAUCGCCACCUCGGGCCGGGCCGGCAUUUUCAAUUCCCAGCAGGGUCCAUGAUCAUCUUCACAUUCCUGGCGACAGUCGUAUGCCUCGGCCUAUUUGGGCAUUGCCUUUGGCCGCUUUGGAAAAGGGUUACCGGAAAACAAGUGACAUCUCUGCAGCAAUUAGGCCUCGGCCAUGCGCUAACCAUCGGCAGCAUGGCUGUGUCAGCUCUUGUUGAGUCUAAACGACGCCGAGCCCAAUCCCCGAUUUCAGUUCUUUGGCUUGUGCCACAAAUGGCUAUUGUGGGGAGUGGGGAGGCAUGCCAUUUUCCGGGACAAGUGAGAUUUUAUUACCAGGAGUUUCCGAGUAGUCUGAAGAGCAUGUCGACGGCGAUGAUAUCAAUGCUCAUUGGGAUUGGGUUUUACUUGAGCACGGCGCUUGUCGAUCUUGUCAGAAGGGCGACAGCUUGGCUGCCUGACGAUAUCGAUGAGGGAAGAGUCGACAAUGUGUAUUGGAUGCUAGUGGUGAUUGGUGUCCUUAACUUUGGCUACUUUCUUGGGUGUUGUUGGUUUUUUAAGAACAAGAAUGGUGAUGAUGAAUGAUGGAUAGAAUUAGCCUUUACAUGGUUCAAAUCAAUUGUGUUUUCAUAAAAAAAACAUUGCUCAAUUGUGUGAUGAGUUGAUUAUAUUGAAUCUUGAUCCACUUUAGGGCUAAUGUAUUGGAGAUUGAUUCAUAUUUGCACCCAACUGAAAAUCUAAUAAUUUUAUUUAUUUAUUGUGUAUCUAAUGAGUCAUUAGUGGAUGAUGAUAAUUUUUGUUUUUAUUGUGUGUUUUAUGGUCAUUAGUGGAUAAUUCUAGCCAUGUUACUGGAAUUGUACCACUACACAAUAUUGAAAUGUAACUACAAAAAAAAUUCGUAACAAAAAGGUAUGAAUUCAUACCAAAAAUAUUUUUGCUUUCAUUGCCUA